AUGAAUUUGAAAUAAUAUAUAUUCAAACAAACUAACAAAAACAAGCAUAAUAUGAGAGCCUUAAUAAAAACAGAAUAUAAGUUUUAAGUAAGAUAGCUUAUUUUUCUAAUAACAAUUUUACUGGUAGCUAGAGCUUAAUCUUGUUCUAUUUCAGGCUGUAAAUAGUGCUCUUCAGCAUCAAACUCUGCAGCUCAAACAUGUUCUUAAUGUUAUGAUGGAUUUGUACUUACUCAGCAAGGAAUAUGUUAAUACACGAUGUGCUAAAAAUGGGAAUUUCUAUAGAAUUACACAGACUCUAGCAACUAAAUCUAGUAAAGAUGCGUCUCAGUUUGCGGAAGUAAGGAAAUCCCUAAUUUAAGUAGUAGAGUUUGCCAAAGUACUUAUCAAUGUACUAGUUCUUACAGUUUUCCUACUUCAACUAAUAAUGGGCAAUAAAUCAAAUAUAUUUACUUUGGUACUAAAGAUCAGUUAAUAUAUCUAGUGUAUAGUACAUUCAUGAAUAUGAUUGAUUAGUACACAGGGUCAUUUAUUACAUCAGUUUCAUUUCCUAGUGGUAUUUAAGCAAUCUCUUUGGCAUAAAAUAGAUUAUUUCUACUUAACACAAAUACAAAACAAAUUUUGGAAUGGAUUCCUACUAAUUCAACUGCGAAUGUAUUAACAACCGUAGUUAAAGGUUAUGCAAAAGUUUUUAGUAAUGUCUAUAUAUUUGGCUCUAAUUAAGUAGUAUAUACUUCCUACAACGAUGAUGGUUCUAUAAUAUACUUUAACGUUAUAGGUUAAGGAGGUUUGUCUUCUUGUUUUGAUCAAGUUAAUUUAACUUCCCCAACAAAAAUAAUCAGUUUUUUCGAUUAUUUUAUUUUGACAUAGAAUCGAUAAAGUUUCUAAAUUUAAGUUCUAUAUUUAUCUCAACAGCAAACAAAUUAAUAACUUUUUCUCUUUGGUAAUACAUAAAAUUUUUAUUGCAAUUCAAUUAGUGGAUAGUCUAUUGAUGGGAAAUCAAUUCAAUAAUAACAAAUUUAAUAAUAUUAUCUAAUUUUUCAAAACACACUAUAUUUGUUUGUUUACUAAAUUGAUUAAUCAAAUAACAUAUAAUGCAAUUAGAUUUAAUUAACUUACUAGCCACUUAAUUUGUAAAUCUUAAAUGCAAAUCUCUGUCCAAACUAAUAAUCUGCCCAAUAAGUUUUAUUAAUUUCUAACGCAAAUAACUAGAUUUUAGUUUAUAAUAUCAGUAAUUUAUAAUAGAUUUAAUUAGGCUAUUUACAAUUCUCAAGCAAUAUAAUUUCUUUUAACUAUCUUCUUGACAAUUAAAAUUUAAACAUUUACGCAUUAUUGUCAAACAGCAUAAUCGACAUAAGAUAGGUUAUUUUUGAUUGUUCUAAUCCAUAAAAUAUAUAAAUUUCAUCGAAAAGUUUUAACUAAUUAGCAUCCUUGAUAAAGAAUCCUAAAUAUUUGAUCUUACUAAAAGCACUUUAAAAUGAUUAGAAAUUGAAAAAUUAUAUAAUUUCUAUAAAUCAAGAAGCAUAAAUAAUAGAUGGACAAAUAAGCUAAUCAAAAUCUAUUAUUAAAGACUUUUAAGAUAGAAUUUUUGCCAAUAAUGGUUAAAUUUCAAAGAUGUUAUAUAAUGAAAAGCAUUACUUUAUUUCUUCCUGUUCUUAAGAUGGACUUAUAAUGGUAUGGAAAGCUAUUGACCCAUUAAAGCCGGAGUACUUAUACUAAAUAAGACAAUAAGGAUAGAAAUGCUUGAAUAUUCUUGAUUAUCAAUAAACUUAUAUAGUUGCUCUUUUCAGUAACUAAAUAAUCAUAUUUAACUUAUUUAACUAGCUAGACUAGUAAAUUUAUCCAAUCGAUUCCACACAAUAUAAUAACAUCUUAGUAAACAGCCAAUAUAUAUGUUUAAUAAUUAAUAAUAAUGCUAUUGUGAUAGAUAGUUCAAGACAAACAGUUGCACAAAAUAAUUAAAUUUAAUUCACCACAUUAGUAAACACUUUUUUAACAGAAUAAAACUAAAUAAUCACCAUCAAUACAAGCAACCUUAUUUCUAUUUACACUAUUAAACUAUCACAAUAAACUAUAUAGAACUCUUUGCUUCAGUUCUAAAGUCCGUACGCCAUCACUUGUAGUCAAUUUUUCAGCAUAACAGGAGGUACUCAUAUUGUAAUAUUUGAUAGUAAUUUAACUUUGACAGUCUUUGAUUAAAACUUGUAAGUGCUAUAGACAUUUUCUGUGACAAUUGGAAAGGUAUUUAUAAUAAAAAGUUUUGAAGAGGGGAAAUAUCUGCUAGGAAUCUAGUUAAAUUAAAUUCUCGAUUACAAUUAUUAUUCAACUCUUUAUUUUGACGUAAGUAGUAACUCUUAAACGUAAAUUGGUACUUAUUUUUAUGCAACUGAUUUUGUUUAGUUUAAAAAAACAGUGAACAAUUAUGGCUAAAAUGUAAUUAUACUAGUUCCAUUGCAACCUCUUAGUUAUACAUCUCUCACUUAUGAAGUAUAUUAUACUAUUGGUUAAGAUUCUAUUUUCACCCCUUAUGGUAGAUUUACUUAUACACCUACUUAAUAUGUUGUCACAGCUCUUUCAAACAAAGCUUAGUCAUUAAUAAUAACAGGUUCUUUAGCUGGCUAACUAAGAGUAGCUCCUAUGUAUAAUGACAGGAAACUAUUUUAGAUAGUUUUUAAUUCUCUCUCUACUAAUUAAGCAGACAACAUAAAUAAAGUUUUUCAGAGUUUUAUUCUAGGAAGGUAUUUCGUAUUUACUUCUGUCAUUAAUUGUUUUUCUUUGCACACUGACCAACUGCUAGAAACUAUUACUUUUUCUACUAAUACUGAACCUAUCUAGAACUUUUAAAUUUCUGACUCUCUUUAAGUUUUAAUAGCAUACAUUAGCAAUGAAAUUAUACUAAGAAACUUUUCACAACCUAAUUUAAAGUAUUCUUUGAAGUUAUCCUCAUAGUAAUGCCUUCUUAAGAAAAUAAAUAGUUUAUUUUUGGAUGAGAAUACAUAAGAAAUAUUUUUGUAUGGUGAUGGAUUAAUAAAAUUUUCAUUGAAGUUAAAUUAAUAAACUGUCCUAUCCUCAUAGAGCACGCUUAAUAUAGACAACUAUCAACAAUGUCUAUUUCCAGCUUAAAUUGCUGUUUGUUUAAUUAACAAAUAGAAUUUAGUUUUCUUUGAUAGAACUAGCAAUUAUUCCUUAUUUCAAUAGAUUUUAUUACAAGAUAUUUUAGCAGGAGCUUCUAUAUUGGUUGAUUAAGCUAAUUAGUAAGUUUUUGUGUAUAAAACAUAUAUUGAAGUAUAUACUUUCACAGGUUCUUACUUAAAAGGUCUCUCUGAUGUUGCAUAUCCAAUUAUCACAUUUUCUAUAUAUGAUUAGCAUAUAGUCGUUAUGACUUCUGCAGCAAUUUAUAUUUACCUCAGAGGAACACUUUAAUACAUGUCAUAUAUAUAACCAUCAGGAGGAGCAUUUGCAGGAUAUUUAUAUAUUAAAAGUUAAUCAUUAAUCGCCUAUUACACAACUUAAAUUUAAUAUGGCUAGAUCCUUUUAUAUAGUUUGACAACAUACUCAUAAGCAGGAUUUAUGACUAAUACUUAUUAAUAAAAUAAAGUUGGAUAAGUUGUUAAAAUGGUUUAUGAUGAUGAUAAUACUAUGUUUAACUAUAUUGAUGUCUUUGGUAAUUUUUAGAAUGUCUUAAAUAAUGCAUAAAAAACUACAGACUCUACAUAUUCUAUAGAGGAAAUAUAGGCUGGUGUUUUGCCUCCCCCGAUCGAUUAUUAAUUAGACUUUAAAUCAAACACUGCUUUAAUUUAUAACGGUCAAAGAGUAUGGAGACAAAACUAUUGCCUGUUCACGAGGCCUUACCAAAGGAUUUAUAGUAGACCUGCUAAUCACUACUUUCAGAUAAACUAAUAAGGAGGCAUCUAUUUCAUAAUAGCAGAUUACAAUAAUAAUAUUUAUAUGUACUAAAAUUAAGAAAUGACUUUUUAUAGCUAUUUCACUCUUAACAUUUUAGAUAUGAGAUAAAUUUAAAGAGGAGCUUUAAAUAGAUUCAUUUUCUUUUUUUAAUCUUAAAUUCUUAUUUAUUUUGAUUUAGGAAAUCAAUUUUCAUAAAACUCUCCAAAUCAAAAAUUAACUGACUAUUAAUUUAAAAGAGUAUUAUUACAAAACGCAGACAGAUUAAUUAUUAAUACUUCUGAUAAUUAUAUUGUCGAUUACGACUUUUUUAAUCAAAGUCUUAUAAAUAAAAUUUAAUUAAAUGCUCUCGAAGAUAUAACAACAAGCCUUUUAGUUGGAUCUUCUCAGUCAAAUAAAUGGUAAUAUGUUUAUGGAACAGAUUAAGGAAGAGUCGGUGUUUAUGAUUUAAUAAUUGGAAAACUUAUCUAUGUAUAAUUCAAACUAAAUAAUAUUAAUCCAAUCUCCUAAAUAUAAAUGUACUCAUCAGAUAAUUUUAUUUGCUUAGACAAUAUUGGAAAUAUACAUUAAAUUAAUACUUCUUCUUUUUUAGAAUUUGAUAGUUAACCUCUACAGUCAGCUGUCAAUUAAAUUACUUCUCAAAUAUAUGGUAGCGUAUUGAAAGUUAUUUAACUUAUACAAUUCGAUUUAACAAAUUAAAGAGCUUUCAUUAAUUUUUAAAGUGAAAGGUAUAUUAUAAUAUUAAGUCUCUAAGAUUAUUCAUUUAUAACUUAUUUAUCUUUUCCUGACAAUGAAUGGAAGUAAAUAGUUUUUGGUAAUUAAUAUUUGCUGAUAUGUUCUUUCUUCUAAAUUAACGUAUAUUUCUAGAAUAGUCUAUCUUUUGUUGGUUACGCAAGAAGAUAUAAUAGAAAAGAUAGAAUUACAGAUAUAAGAUUAAUAGAUGAAAACAAAAUUAUUGUUGUAUUUGUCAACAGAAUAGAAUCUCUGUAUAUUCAAGCCUAAACUGGUUCUAUCCUUUUAGUCGAUACCUUAACACUUAAUGACUCUAAAAUUCUAUAUGCGAAUUUGAUAUCUACAGAAAGAUUGGUAAAUUAUAUAGGAGUAGCCUCAAAUACAAUUUUUGAAAAAAAAAUAAAUUAUGGGCUUUAUGAGAAUAGUUAUUCUGCAACUUCUCUAUCACAGAAUGCUAACUGCUAUUUCUAAAUCUAGUACUAAAAUUUUAUUACUUCACUCACUUCUUUUUAAUAAGCCUAUGCUACUAGAAGUCUUUCCCUUUUAUACUUUCUUUCUGUGUAUAUUGGUAGUUACAUAGAUAAUAUGAAUUUUUUGAAUCAAAACUCUCUAAGUAUAGUAUUUAGGCCAUAGAAUCAGAAUCAAAAUAGUCUUUAAAUUUAACAAAACUCUUUUUAAAGUAUGAAUUUCGACUUAUAAAUGGAUAGCUUUAGUUUAGAUUUAACUAACUCCCAACAAAUAAUUAAGUUAAACCAGAAUUCUUAAAAUUUUAUCUUAUAGAAUAUUUCUCUUUCUAAUCAAACUUUAUCACAAAACACACAAUUACUGUUUAAUUAAAAGAAUAAUAUUAUUUUAAGCGGCUUUAAUAUUAGUAACUUAUCACUUAUUUCAGGUAAUAGAUUACUAGAGGUCUAAAAUUAAUAAAUAAAUUCAAAAUAUUAUUUAUUCAAUUUUACAAAUUGCUAAAAUUUAGUUAUCAGCAAUAUGAUUAUUGACAAUUUGAAAAUUAACACACUUAAUUAAUCUCUAAUAUAUUCUAUGAAAACAGCAUAAAUAACAAUUAGAAACUUAACAGUAUAAAAUAGUAUGUUUAACUCUUUAAUCGAUAUAUUUUAGAGCACAAAUAUCAUAUUCUAAAAUAUAUUGAUAUAUAAUUGUUCAAACUCUCUUAAGUAGUAAAACACAUAUUUCAUUUAAUUAAUUGGUAUUAUUUCUUAAUAAAUCUCUAACUUUACAGCAUAAAAUAAUAGAGAUUUAUAACUUUUAUUAACAGAUAAAUCUUAUAAUUUGCAAAAUUAGGGUACUGUUGUUCUUUCUAUAGAUGCACUAACAUUUGAUGGAGGAAAUAUUUUUAAUAACACUUUUCCAUCUACUAUUGAUAAAAUUAACACCCAAAAUAUACUGAUUGCAAUAAAGACUACCAGUGUAAAUAUAAGUAAUCUAAAUUAUUAAAGUAACGAAGGGAAUAUUCAGUUCUUGACUAACACAGUAAUUUAAAUUAAUAAAAGCAAAUUUUAAAAUAAUUAAGGCGUCCUUGGUGGCAGCUUAUAUGCAUAAGACAUAGUUUAAGGAUUUUAAAUAUAUAACUCAGUCUUUUACCAAAAUAAAGUAAGUGGAAGCGGAGGAAGCAUUUACUUGAAUAACAUCAAUCAGUUUACUAUAGACUCGUAUAGUUCUAUAACAAAUAGCUCAGCAAGCAUCGGAGGUGCUAUAAGAAUAAUCAAUUUAGAUGUUAAUUUAUGGAAAAAAUAUUUGCUUAAUUGUUUAAUGUAGUAUAAUUUUGCAGAAAUAUAUGGAAAUAAUAUAGGAACUUUACCUUAAGUAUUUUAAGUUUAAUAAUUAGACCCUUUAACAGAAACACAAAAUUACAUUAAAAUUUAUGAAGGUAUAUUGAAUAACAUUUAAAAAUCCAUAAAUUUUAGUAAUCAGUAAAGCGGAGGUUUAUUUUAGCUAAAAAUCUAGCUGUUAGAUGAUGAUAGAAGACCUUUAUCAGUGAAUUAAACGAAGUAUAAGAAUAAUAUUUAUGAAUAAACAGUUAUGUAAGAAUUAAACUCUUACUUUAUUCAAGUAGAGAUUAAUUAGAAUGCUACUUCCUAAACAAAGGAAAAUAGUUUUAUUGAAUUAAAAGGAUAAUCCUUGAUUGGAAUUAAAUAAUAUGAUGAAAUUACAAAAAUGUUCAGUUUUGAGUCUUUAACUCUAACUUCGCUACCAUUAGUAUCAAUAAGUUCUGUUAGUAUAUAAUUUAAUUUUAAUUCAUUAGGAUAUUCUGUAAAUGUUCCAACUCUUGUAUCUUUUAGACCUUGCAAAUAAGGAGAAAUUCUUGCUUCUUCUUAAACGCAAAUAGACUCUGAAUCAAUAAAUUAAUCAUAUAUUACCCUUAUUAGCUGCCAAGAAUGUACUUAAGGUAUGUAUUCACUAAGUGACCCAUAAGUUGACUAUAGUCAAUAUUUGCAAAAUAAUGAUAUUAAGAUAAUAAAUUCUCAAGUUUGUAAGUAAUGUCCUAACUUUGUAUCAAAUUGUUUUGGCAACUAAAUGACAUUGGAGGAUGGUUAUUGGAGAUCUAAUAACUAGACAGAUGAAAUAUUAUAAUGCAAUUUUAUGAACCCAGACAUUUGUAGUGAAUAGGUGGAUUCAAUUAAUGGUUGCAUUGAAGGGUAUUUAGGGCCUAUUUGUGAAAAAUGCGAUACUAUAGGUCAGGUAUGGGGGAAAAGAUAUUCUCAGUCAUUUUAGCAGUUCUAAUGUUAGGAAUGCAGUAAUGAGUUUUACUAAAAAACCAUAAUAAGUGUUUCAGUGAUAGUGGUUUUCUUAUAUCUAUACAUGAGUAUAUUUUUAUUUAUGGGUAGAUAUACCUAUGAAUCUCUUUGUUAUUAUUUCAGAUUUCUCAAGCUACUUCCUUUUUCAAAGAGCUGCACAUUAGAUGAAUCAUCAUACUAUAUUAAAGUUUUAAUUAAUUAUUUGCAGCUAUCUUCCCUGCUUUUCACAUUUUAUAUGAAGUUUAUCCCUUCAUUCUUAUCUUCUAUACCCUCAGCUGCAGGUUCACCUUCAAGUAAGCUUGUAAUUAGUACAUAAUGUUUAUUUAGCUCAGAUAUGUAUAAAAACUAUGGAGAAGAAAGAAUUAUGAUAGUUGGUUAAUCUUUACUGCCAUUCUUAACUUUUCUUCUAUUCUUAAUUCUUCUUGCUGUUAUGAAUAAAUUAAAAUUAAAAGGCGUUGGAAACUACCAUAAAUACACAAUGUUUAACAUAGUAUUUCUUUUUUUUUAGCCUGACUGUCUGUCUUUUUUCACUAAAGCUUUAUCAUGUCGUAAAAUAGGAGAUCAAAAAUUUUAAAUUAUCAAUAUUUUAAUAAAUUGUGAUGACGAAUCAUAUAUCAAAUUCAGCAAUAGUUUUGUCCUACCAAAUUUACUCUUUUGGGUUUUUGCACCUUUAGUUCAAUUAUACUAUUUAAGAAAAGACAAAGGUAAAAAUAAUGAAAAUUUUGAUAAGUGCAUAUUAAAAUAUAAAUAUGGGUUUUUCUAUGUAGAAUUUAAACCUAAUUACUACUUUUGGGAGUUUUGCAGAAUGUAUUUAAAAAUAAUCAUCAUUAUCAUUACAACCCUUUUAAAUGAUUACUAGGAUUUUAUAUUAAUUUUGAGCAUAAUCAUAAUUUUCUCUUAUGUCCUAAUAGUCAUGAAAUUCUAACCCUUUAAGAGUAACUCACUUUUCAAGUUAGAAUUAAUAUCCUAUUUACUAUUGAUACCUAGCAUUUUUUUAUUUUACAUGAGCAGGUAAUAUUCUAGUUAAGUAUUUUAAAUUUUAAUGGGAAUAAUUCAUUACUGCUAUAUGGGUUAUAUGAUUUUGGUUAUCAUUAAAUUCAAGCUAGACAAUUAGACUAGUAGUGCAAAUAAACUGCUUAAAUAUAUUGUGCAAAAGUUAUGUUGCAGAAUAUUUACAUCUAAAAUGAAACUAAAUGAAAAAAAAAGUGGAAGAGUUUUAAUGAACUGGAGAAAAGUAUAUUUAAAUUAAACAAAGAUAAAAUUAGAAAAUCUUAAUCAAAAUCUGAAUAAAUUAUAAUCUUAAAUGCUUAAUAGAUCUUUAACAUAGUCUUAAGCAAAGUAAUCAAAGAAUUAGGAACAUACAAAUAUGUUAAGUUAGCUUUAAGGUAUUAUGAAUAAAUCAAAGAUGUAAAUAUAUCAAGAUACUCCAAGAGAUUAUACACCUGUAGUAUCUCAUCAGAAUUCUAUUUUUAAAAAGAGACAAUCUAAUUUUGCUGAAACUUUUUAAGAUGAUCAAACAAAAAAUUUAACUCCUUUAAUUUCUGAUACAGAAUGCAAAAACUCUCCUUAACGUUUAAUUUCUAAAAUUAGUUAAGAUACAAAUUAGCUCAUGAGCUAAGAUGCUGUUGAAUAAGGAGAUUUAACUGAGUCUUUAUAAAAGUGCUUUGUUUAACUUGCUAGUUCUGAGAUAAAUGCUAUAAAAUAAACUUAGGAAUUUAAGAAACCUAAAAGCCACAGGAGACAAAAUUAUUAACUAGGCAAGGAUGACCAAUAAAAUUGA